GAAGUUAAAGAUUAAUAAAAUCAUCUAAAUUACUCUAGAAACGUACUCUUUAUCAUUGAUAAUAGGCACUUGUCGAGUGGAAGGCUUUAUAACGAUAAGAUUAAAUUCACUUCAAGAAUUUUAUAAUCAGUUGGUUAAAAAUAUAUUUAAAAGAACUUCAAACUAAUUCAUUUCGGAUUUUCCAUUGGGACUACAAGGUCUAGCAAUCCAUCAGAAUUAAAAAUGAAAGUAAUUUUAUUUGUUGUGUUAGCAGUUUUGACCAAUCAGGCUACAACUCAACGUUCGGAAUUCGUCGACUAUCUUCUGCAAUUGCAAUACAUUACAGAUCCACUUCAUGAUUAUAUAACAAGUUUCUAUGCUCAAGCUAGGGCAUCGUUAAGUGAACAACUUACAGGAUUAAAUGAUGAUUCCGUUCAUGAGAUUACUGAAGGUCUUAGAACAGUCAUAGCGAUUCGGGACAGAACUGAAGAACUAAUUGGAGAAAGCUCAACACCAGAAAACGAAGAAUGUGUUAAUAAUGCUAUUUCAGGAUGGGCAAAUGAUUUAGAAAAUGUUGGAAAUGACAUUAAUCAAUGCGCUGAUCAACAUGUCGCUGAGAUAUACGAUCAAACAGAAAGCUUGCAUUUGUUCAUCCAACAAAACAAUAGACUGGCGUUUGAUGUUCAAAAUAUGGUUCUGAAUACUUUCACAAGAUUAAAUCCCAUGACAGAUGUUGAUGAAAUCACGCCGUCUGUUGAAGCAGAAUUUGAUGAGAUCCAAAGAGAAUUUGACAACGACGUUAGACCGGAAAUCGACAAUCGUCUUAGAGAUAUCUCAAAUUUGAGGGUUUUAGUUCCAAAUGAUAUCCAUACAUGUGUUGAUGAAAGCAUUGUUCGCUUCUUGUUAGUCUGGUUUUUCUGUGGUUCUGUUAGGAGUUGGAGUUUAGCUUCAUUAAAUAUAACAGCUUCAAAUUGUUCUAUCAUAAAUGUAUCAGUUUACUAUGGACGAGCAUUUCUCUGUCUGAAACAUUCAGUGGAUCAAACUUUGCCUACAUUAAUUGAAGCUUCAUGGCCUGAAAAUAUAAUUGGCGUGAAAACAAAAAUAUUUCCAAGUGAUGUGGUUUAUUUGAAAAGAUAUGGAAAAUGCAAAGGAAUAAAACAAGCACAGUCAACAGACAUCGACUCGAAUGGAAGACUGUGGAUGAUUGACAAUGGAAAUGAGAUUUGUUCUGCGAAACUUAUCGUUUAUGAUCUUUUAUACUUUAAUGAUGAAGUUCACUUUCAAGCAUUUGGAGGUUUAAAAGGGAAAAGAUUUGCUAAAAUUAUUGUUGAUCCAAUCCAGUCAGCAAAUGGUGAUGUGAGGGUAUAUCUUAGCACUUCUGAAGAUGACUAUUUAUAUGUUUAUUCGUUGAACGAAAGGAAAUUAGGGAAAAUAAAAUUUACGAAUAAUUACAUUCAGCCUUCAAAAUCUUUGUCAUUCUCGGAGAUGGUGCUGUCACAUAAAUUGGAUAUGAUGUACAUUUCCGACACAACAACAGGAAAUUUAUAUUCUUUAAAUUUAACACCUUUACGUUUUUUGAAUUUCUCUAUGAUGGACUCCAAGAAAAUUUCGAUUCGAAGUCCACUGACAUACAUUGGAUCUCUUCUGGGACCACCAAAGGCAUUGACCAUAAAUCCAAAAGGAAUCAUGUUCUACAUCAUACCAAGAUUUUCCACAGUAGUCACUUGGGACCCAAAGACUCCUUUAACAGCUGAAUGGCACGAAGUGAUUUAUCAAUCAAACGGAAACUUAAGCCAACUUUUGUGUGGACAAAAAGGCAGUGUCUACGUCAUAAGUGAGAAGAAAGUGAAGACUGGAAGAGAUGGUAGAGAAAAGCAUGCAAUAAAAAUUCAUAUGGAAUAAAUUUAUGUA